GGAAGUCACUACCCAAUUUAUGAAGCACUUUAUAAUAUGGUGGAUCCUACAAAUAAAGGAAAUAUUGGAGCAAUGGAUGCAGCAAAUUUCCUUAAAAAGUCUGGUUUAUCACAAAUUAUACUUAGUCAAAUUUGGGAUUUAUCAGACCCAACUGCCAAAGGUUUCCUAACUAAACAAGGAUUUUUUGUUGCUCUUAAACUGAUUGCAUUAGCACAAGCUGGACVAGAUAUAUCAAUGUUAAACAUCACUCAGCAAACCAUACCACCUAACAUGGGCGAAGCAUCAAAACAUAUAGCGAGCAAAAUUCUACCUGCAGGUUUAGUUACUGCUGUUACCAAUAUGAAUGACUGGUCUAUGAAGCCUUCAGAGAGAAUGAACUAUGAUAAAAUGUUUGAAUCAUUAAGACCAGUCAAUGGAACAGUUGCUGGAGAUAAAGUUAAAGGAUUGCUUAUAGAUUCCAAACUAUCAGUAGACACUUUGGGAAAAAUUUGGGACUUGGCCGAUAUGGAUAAAGAUGGAAAGUUAGAUCAACAUGAAUUUGCUGUUGCAAUGCAUUUAGUUUAUAAAGCAUUAGAAAAAUAUGCUAUUCCUAGUGUUUUGCCUCCUGAGUUGUUACCUCCAGCAAAAAGAAAAGGUUCUACCAUGGCUAAUUCACCUGUACCUGUUUUACCAGUGCUCCCUUCUGGCGCUACUUCAAAUCUAGUCAAACAACCACCAAAAAGACCAAUUACUCCAUCUAUUGGUUUAGUGCCAUUACCAGUUAAAUGGGUAGUCACUGUAGAAGAAAAAGCCCGUUAUGAUUCUAUGUUUUUGGAAUCUGAUGUUGAUAUGGAUGGUUAUGUCUCUGGACCAGAAAUCAAAGAUAGGUUUCUUAAAACUGGUAUUCAUCAAUCAAUAUUAGCACAUAUAUGGAGUCUUUGUGAUAUUAAUCAACACGGGAAGUUGGAUAUGGAACAGUUUAGUCUUGCAAUGUGGUUAGUAGAACGUAAACUCAAAGGAAUUGAUCCACCAGCUACACUUUCCCCUGAAAUGAUACCGCCAAGCAACAGAACUGGAACUCCGUCAAAUGCUGUGCAAAUUUUAGAAAAGCCUCCAAUGUAUUCAAACCCAGAAUUGGAUAUGAUUCAAAAAGAUAUUGAUGAACUAGUCAAAGAAAGACUCAUUCUGGAAACAGAAAUUGCUCAAAAAGAAGCUGAUUUGAAAAUACGUUCUGGUGAAGUCAAAAGUUUACAGGGAGAACUAGACACCUUAUCUGCUACUCUAAAACAGUUGGAAAAUCAAAAAGGCGAAGCUCAAAAACGACUGAAUGAUCUUCGAAACCAGACUCUGUUGGUAGAAUCUGAAAUAAUCAACAUCAAUCAGAAAAUUAAGGCUGAACAAGUACAGGUAGACAAUCUUCGCAAACAAGCUGAUGAGCAAGAACUUACAUUAAAAGUGCAAGAAGCUGAUCUUUCCUCUAAAAAACAAGAGCUUGAAGAGCUCAAGAGUCUAGAACAAAAACUUGAAAAAGAUCAGGCUGAAAUGGGCAAAAGAUUAGAUGAGCUGAAUAACAUGUUGCAAAAUUCCCAACUACAAAUAAGCCAAUUUAAGAAUAAAGUAAAUCAAUUGGAGGAGAAUAAGCGUCAAAUGGAAAAUACAAUUGAGUCAACAGAAAAAGCGUUGGCUGAAGGAAAUGUUUAUGCAAUCCCAGAUUCUUUAUUAUCAUUUAAUUUAGAAUUCCGGGAUCUUGAAUGUAGUAGACUUCUAGGAAAAAUUGUUGACAAUAAAAAUUCUUUUGAAAAUGUUAAUGGUUUUACUYCUACAAACGGAACAAGUGGAUCACGUGAUGAAAACUCAUUUAAAACAGAUUUCUUCACAAAUAAUGAU